CAGUGCUCAGGCGGAUAAGCCCAGCCCCAGCCCCAGCCCCAGCCCCAGUGGUUGCAGGUUCAGGUGCUGAGCUCGGUAGCACCAGCUCAGUAGUGUAUCACCAAAAGUUUUGGACUUGACAGGCUCCAGCACUCCACUCUCACUCCCCUCCCCUCCUCCUCGGCUGGCAUUUCGAUCCCCUUCAGCUUCAGCUUCAGAACAGCAUCCCCGUCUCUGAAUUCUUCCUCUUGAGAAAGUGAGAGGUGCUACUGCAUGUUUUCAGUCAAGAGCUACUUAAUUUGUGCAACAACUCUACAAAGCUUUGUGAUAAAAGAUAGCUGAGAAUUUGGGUGUGCCAGCCUUGGAGGAGGUAGGCAUGGAGCGCACCACCUGCAAGCGCCCGCGCGCCGCGCUUGACGGAGGGUCGGCGGCCCCGGCGUGGCGGACGUCCCGGGUGGCGCGCGCGGCCGCCGGCGGCAAGGACCGGCACAGCAAGGUGGUGACGGCGCGGGGCCUCCGCGACCGGCGCGUCCGGCUCUCGGUGCCGACGGCCAUCCAGUUCUACGACAUCCAGGACCGCCUCGGCGUCGACCAGCCUAGCAAGGCCAUCGAGUGGCUCAUCCGCGCCGCCGCCGCGGCCAUCGACGCGCUCCCGUCGCUGGACUGCUCCUUCGCCCUCCCCGCUGUCUCCUCCCCCACGCCGGCCGCCGGCGACGAGGCCGAGGUCAGCACAUCCGAGACCAGCAAGAGCUCCGUGCUCUCGCUCGCCAACGCCCCCGGGGACAACGUCACCGCCGCCGCCACCGCCGCUCACCAAGCCAACCAUUACAACGGUAACGCCGGUGGCGGCGGCGAGUUCGCCGAGCUACUGCACUGCUCCCCCAACGACAACAAGCGAAUGCAGCAGCAGCCGACGCUCGCCUACUACACCGCGCAGCCCCCGAGCUCGCACGUCGCGCCGGCCAUGUCCUUCGAGACGAUGCCCCAGCUCGCCUUCCUCCAGGAGCAGCCGCACCACGCUGUCGCCUUCGAUCGGGGCACACUUCAGUCCAAUGCAGCCAUCGCCGCGCCGCUGUGCCCCCCGUCCCAGCACCCGUGCCUGCUGCAGAGGUUCGCCGCUGCUCCUGCUGAUGCCGCCGGCCUGCCGUUCUUUCUCGGAGGUGGCGCUGCUGCUGCUCCGGUGACGGUCAAUGCGGAGCGGAGGCUGCAGCUCUGGGACUUCAAGCAGGAAAGAAAGGCCUGAACUUUGGCAACCAUUGUUUGGUGUUUCAGAUGACUAAUCCUUGGAGAGUAACCUGCAACUGUGUUCUGGUGUUGUACCAUGCCAUGGUUGACAAACAUAAUCAAGAUCUGAAAAACAGAAUUGGCUGAAGAUGGCAGCAUCUGGAAGAUAUGCCAGAAAUCGAUGUACUGCCAGAUCUUUCAUUGGUCACUUACAUUUGUCAUUCACUUACUCUAAUGGUGUGCGGUUUGUUCGCCACUUCCAUUGUUGUGAUCAGAAACCCAUUUCUAAUCUUUUCCCCAUCUAUUGUUUUACUAUGGUAA